AUGCCCCCGUCGCUGCUGGAGGCCAUGCUCGACCUAGCUACCACCGCUGAAGAAAGAAAGAAAAAACCAGUAAAAUCCGCGAUGAUGCUUCCCCUCCUCCUGCUCGCGCCGCUGCUCGCCGUCGCCGGCGCCGGCACGGCCGCGGCGACGAAGACGGCGUACGAGGCGCUGGCGGACUUCGACUUCCCGCCGGGCAUCAUCCCGAAGGGGGUGGUGUCGUACACGCUGGACAACGCGACGGGCGACUUCACGGCGCACCUGGACAUGAAAUCCACCUGCGAGUUCUCCAUCCAGGGCUCCUACUCGCUGCGCUACAAGCCCAACAUCAGCGGCCGCAUCUCCGUGGACAAGCUCACCAACCUGGAGGGCGUGUCCGUCAAGAUCCUCUUCUUCUGGGUCAACAUCAUCGAGGUCACCCGCAGCGGCGACAACCUCGGCUUCUCCGUCGGCAUCGCCUCCGCCGAGUUCGGCCUCGACAACUUCCUCGAGUGCCCCACCUGCGGAUGCGGAUUCGACUGCAACGGCCUCCAGCUGCCCGCGGAGCCGAGCCUGCGCCUCCGAGGUGCGUUCUAGAAUCCCCGCCCCCGUUCCCCGAGAAGAAGGCC